GUGACCUUAAAUUUUUCGAAAUGGCGGCAACAGCAAGGAUAAGAGUAGCGGUGUUGGGUGGUUUUCUGGUUUUUUUCGCUUUGGCGGUAAAUGUCUCGAGUAACAUGGUGUUUCCGGUGAACCAUAAGUUUAAGGGUCCUGGGAAGCAGGUGUCUUUGGGUGCAUGGAAAGAACAUGAUGCUCGCCGUCACCGGAGGCUUCUCGCCGGCGCAGACUCCGCUAUAGAUUUGCAAUUAGGUGGCAAUGGCCAUCCUUCUGAAGCCGGGCUCUACAUCGCGAAAAUCGGACUUGGCUCUCCUUCAAAGGACUUUCAUGUGCAAGUUGAUACAGGAAGUGACGUUUUAUGGGUGAAUUGUGCAGAGUGCAGCAACUGUCCUACUAAAAAUAAUCUUGGCUUUAAGCUCACAAUGUAUGAUGCAAAGAGCUCUUCAACUUCAAGCAAGGUUACAUGUGAUCAAGAGUUCUGCACUUCCUCAUUCAACGGUAAACUUCCUGAUUGCAAGGCAGAUAUGCUUUGCAAUUAUAGUAUCUCGUACGGAGAUGGAAGCACAACUUCUGGUUACUAUGUCAAGGACAAUAUCCAACUUGAUAAAGUCACUGGAAAUCAUCAAACAACCUCAACAAAUGGAACCAUAGUAUUCGGGUGCGGAGCUAAACAAUCUGGGAAUCUUGGUAAAUCUCCUGGAGGAGUUGAUGGGAUACUUGGUUUUGGACAGGCAAAUGCAUCCGUAAUUUCGCAGCUGUCUUCAUCUGGAAAGGUGAAAAAACAAUUCGCGCACUGCUUGGAUAACGUGAAAGGUGGUGGAAUUUGGGCCAUUGGGGAAGUGGUGGAACCAAAAGUGAAAAACACAACUCCGCUGAUACCAAAUCUGCCACAUUAUACUGUUACGGUGAAGUCCGUUGAAGUGGGUGGCGAUGUUGUAGAUCUUCCCACGGAUUUAUUUGGCCUUUUCGAAGACCGGAACGGGGUAGUAAUUGACAGUGGAACAACCUUGGCUUAUCUUUCACCGGAGUUUUAUGAACCUUUUAUGAAAAAGAUAUAUGCUCGACAGUCUGGAUUGAAAAAGCAUACUGUUGACGAGCAGUUUACAUGUUUUGAGUAUUCCAGAAAUGUUGAUGAUGGAUUUCCAGUUGUGAAGUUUAAUUUCAAGAAUUCUGCUGUGUUGACUGCAUAUCCUCAUGAUUAUCUGUUCCAGUUAAAGGAUGAUGUCUGGUGUUCUGGUUGGCAAACCAACUCCAUGAAAUCUAAAGACGGAAAGUCCAUGACUAUUCUGGGAGAUUUAGUACUUUCGAAUAAGCUAGUCCUGUAUGAUAUCGAAAACCAAGCUAUUGGGUGGACUGACUACAACUGUACUUCAAGCAUCAAAUUGAAAGAUGAGAAGUCGGGGCAGGUGUACUCGGUCGGUGCCCACAAUCUUUCUUCAGCUUCGGGUCUGAUGACUGGAAGGUUAUUGGCAUUCUUCUUGUUAGUGAUUUCCAUGCUGCAAAUAUUGGUUUAAUUCAACCAGAAGUGUCACAGCAGCCCACUCAUUCCUUGCCCUUGAUCUGUCUUUCCAGGUGGUGAUAAUUUUUGUCCACCCUUUCUGGUUCGACCUCUUUAUUUUUAUCCAUUUUUCUGGGAUAAGCUUGUUUGCGAUUUACAUUUGAGCCUCAUUGUCCUCGGAAAUUGAUUAACUCAUAAUGUUGGGUUGAUAUCUCUGAAGGAUGCAGUGCAUGCCUUUGAUUAGAACAUACGAUUGGGAUGAGCAGCAAUCGGCAUACUAUCCGGGAAUAGGAUUCUAUAGCAUAUAGUGUUGAUACUAACAGAUCAGGAAAGGAAAUGAAAUCCGCACA